CGGGUCAAUUUAUAUCUACUUUCGGUUAAUAUAAUAUAAAUAAAUUAUUUAAUUAUAUAUUAGACUUUAAACAAUGUGGAAGAACGUCGUUAUUGUGUUUAUUAUUUUUUUCACACACUCCUUUUGUGCAAAGGUUGACUUUCCAGGCAGAGCUGUUUUAGAUAAUUUUCCUCUAAUAGACGGGCACAAUGAUUUGCCAUGGAAUAUUUUUUUAAAUGCAAAAAACCAUCUAGAAAAAUGUAAAAUAGAGGCAGAUUUAACAAAAGAUGAAUUAUUUGGAAGUAAAAAUUGUGUAUCUUGUGUCACAGAUUUGCCUAGGCUUAAAAAGGGAAAACUUGGUGCUCAAUUUUGGGCUGCAUAUGUCGAUUGUACCAAAUCAAAAGAUCCUGUCUUGGAUACAUUGGAGCAAAUUGAUGUUAUUAAAAGAAUGGUUCGAAAAUAUCCAAAUGAUUUAAAAUUUACCACAACCGCUGAUGGUAUUCUGGAAGCAUUUAAGGAAAAGAAAAUAGCCAGCUUGAUUGGAGUAGAAGGUGGCCACUCAAUAGACAAUCAUUUGUCUGUUUUAAGGGCUUUCUAUGAUCUUGGAGUGAGAUAUCUAACUUUAACACACACUUGCAAUUUAGAUUGGGCUGAUUCAUCAUUAGUUGACGACCCCAAAAGCACUCACAAAAAAGGAAACCUAAACGAUUUUGGAAAGAAAAUAGUCUUAGAAAUGAACAGACUGGGUAUGCUGGUAGACUUAUCUCACGUUUCAAAAAAUAUUAUGUGGGAUGUUUUGAAUGUAACUAGAUCUCCGAUUAUCUUUUCUCAUUCUUCUGCGAAAGCGAUAUAUUCGCAUUCCAGAAAUGUUGAUGAUGAUGUUUUAUUAAAAGUUAAAUUAAAUGGUGGUAUUGUUAUGGUAAACUUCUUUAGUCAAUUUAUUUCCAGAGGAAAUGCCACUAUUAAAGACGUCACAGAUCACAUAAAUCACAUAGCUGAUAUAGCUGGAAUAGAUCAUGUUGGUAUAGGUUCUGAUUUUGAUGGCGUUCCGAGUUACCCAAAAGGUUUGGAGGAUACCUCAAAAUAUCCAGAUUUAUUUGAUUUGCUAAGAGAACAAAACAAAACUAAAUGGACUGUUGAAAAUUUGGAGAAACUGGCUGGAAGGAAUUUUAUAAGGGUGUUUAAAACCAAUGAAAAAAUAAGGGAUGAUUUGACAAAGGAAGAACCCGUCGAGAAUCCAUAAAUCCAUGAUUAAAUCAAAAUAUAUAUGUCUCCAUUUUGUAAAUAUCAAAUACAUUUUAUCAAUUUAAAUGCAAAAUUUAAUUUACUAUGUAAAAUAUUGACUUUUCUGAAUGUUCUAAUAAAAACACAAAAUCCACAAAAUUUGUAAACAAAAC